CCACAGGAAACAAAAGCGAAAGCACUUCUGGGUCAGCAGCCGCUUUUACCGCAAGCGGCGCCACGCCCUUCCUCGACGAAGCACCGUCCGCGUCUGCGCAAACUGGAGCGCGGCGGCCGCAAAAGGAAACUUUCCGGUACGCUGCCGCCGCCGUUGAAGGGAGGAGUGGGCGGAGUGCAACGGGUCAAAUCGCCCCGCCCCUAAUGUGAGCACGCGGGUGCCCCUGAGCGCGUGCAGAGUGCCAUUUCCUUUCCGGGCAAAGCAGCCCGUGGGCGGCGUCGGGUGGGAAUUGGGGGGCCCGAGCAGCCGGUCGCGGGGCUCGUCCUUCCGCUGCAGCCCCAGCUGUCCGGACGAUGCUGGGCACAGCGGAGGCCGAGGGUGAGCCGGAUGGCUCUGCCCCGCAGCCUCGGCUGUUCUUCCAGCGGGAGGACGGCAGCCCCCUGAGCUUCUACGUCCGCCCCGGGGCGGCCAAGGUGGAGCUGGCCCCGCUGAUCGUGCGCCACGGCGGGCGCCUGUGCCGCGUGCAGGAGCCGGGCGCGGUGCUGCUGGCCCGGCCGGGAGAGGUGCCGCCGAGAACCCCGGGGGUCUUCAUCUCCGCCAGCUACGUCGCCGACUGCGUGGCCCGCCAGGAGCUCCUGCCGCUAGAGACAUACCGCCUGCAACCACCGCCGGUCACCGCGGACACGGGCGCUGCCGAGGGCCGCCUGCCCUUCAGCGAGGUGGAAGACCAGGCCAUCCUGCUGCACCUGCGGAGGAGCAAGAGAGGCAGCAGCAGCGGCAGGCAGGCAGCCGGCAGUGGCAACGCUGUCUGGAAGGAGAUGGAGGCGGCCCGGGUCACGCGGCACUCCUGGCAGGCCAUGCGCGACCGCUACCUGAAGCACUUGCGGGGCAAGGAAGACCUCUGCCUGCCUGCCCAGAGACGCAAGCUCAGAAGCUCGUCUGAAUCUGCUGCUGGUAAGCAGGGCUGCUUUAGCAGGAGUGGGCCAAAAGGCCUUCUGCCGCAGCACAGGAUCAGAGCACCUGCUUGGCAUGCAGAAAGUGUCCCUGGUUCAGACCCUGGCAUCAUCUCCAUCUAGGGCUGGGAAGGAGUCCUGCCUGAAGCCAUACAGAGAGUCACUGCUGCCAGUCAGGACCAGUAAGGCCUGGCAGAAGGAUGCUUUCCUAGCCAGAAGGCAGCAAGGUUCAGCUAGCCACUAGCCGGCCAUAUCUGGCAUCACUGCUACAUUAUGGUGAGACAGCUUGUCUGGGGCACCCUGGCCCACCUCCUGCUUCCACCUUCCUGGUUGUCAAAUACUACUACUCAUCUUGCAGGUUGUUGUCCCCUCUGGGCUUCUAUAUUGCCCGGAAAUGAAACUUUGGCCAAGUGUUGGCCAAAGGAGCCCCCACGGGCAAAAUUCUCCCUUUGGGGUUCUUUCCUCCUGCCUUCUCCCUUCUCUUCACACCUUUUUUGCCUCCAAGCCCUAUCAUGGGGACAUAAUUCAAAAUAUAUUAAAGUAGCUUCCUCCUUCCUUCUCAGUCCUGCCUUUGGUCAACAUUGGGCUUCUGCCUGCCAUAACAUCUCAUAUGCUUUCAAUCUACUGCUUCUGCCUGCUGGUGACCUGCCAAGUACUUCCCCUGUUAGUGUGCAAGUGUUUCAUGCACACACACACCCCUUUCACUCCUCUCUUCUUCCCCACUACCCUUGUUCAACUCCCUACAGGCUUUGAGUAUUCCCCCCACCCCCAGGCUCCAGUUUCCCAGUCCAUGAUCACCUUGCCUCUGGGUUGCCUGCCCCUUUGGAGGGGGAUUCACUCUACUCUUAGGAUUCUUUAAAUCCUCGGGCUUCUUGCCUGUUCAGUGCUGCUCCUUCUCACUUGUGUGAGGGUCUUCCCCAGCCAGUGUUCAAAACUGCCAUUGUUUUAGGUGCAUUUUGUGACAGGGAAUUUCAUUCGCGUGAGCAGUUUCUGAGCUCUGGGUGCAGUACUGCGCCUAAAGAUUUCAGAUUAAAACUGCAAAGUGGAAGGAAAGCAGGACCUUUUUCUGCCUCCCCACAUCCAGUUAUUCUCUGAAGACUGGAGAAUAGACCCUCAUAAGAGUAUUAGGGGGGUGGGCAGGGGAAGGAUGACUAUGUGAAAACUGAACAUAAUAUUUUAGCUGCAGUUCAUUCAUUUUCAGCUUUGUAUUCUUGUUAUUAAAAAGCAUACCUAGACAUUCUGUUCUUAAACCUAGGUUUAAGGUGCCAUUUAGCUCCUAGCUUUCAUAUCUCAGUCCCCAGCGUAACUGACCCUUUAUUUCCUCUGGAAAAGAGGGCUUUUUUGCAGUGCAGUGGGCCUGCAGCUUACACUCACUUUAGCUGCAUAAUCGCGACCUUACAUAUGGGGGGUGGGGCGGGCAAUAAAUAAAUCAAGAGUCGGAAGAACCCAUCAUUCCCUGUUCCAUUAGCUAGCUGAGGCCAGUGGGGCUUCAGGACCUGAAGCUCCCAUUUCCUUCUCCCAUUUUUCAAGGGCCCAUGGCACCAAGGUGGUAAUUGGUGCAUCAUCACAAGGGUGGGAAAUGUGGCUUGGAUUACUUUUGUCACAGUGAACCUCAACAUACCUUUGUCUUUAGCAGCCUCCCAAAGUAAGGAAGUCGAGGAUGUCCCCCAGCCAGAGGACCAAAGCCACACUGCGGAAGGACCAAAGGUACGUAGCAUUUUCCAGACAGCUAACAAAGAAUUUGAAGACAAUGGGGUACAGAUGCCUUCGCAUAAGAUGGCACCGAGUGUUUCAGCAUAGCUUAUAGAAUGACUAAAGGCAGAACUGAUUACAUUUAUUUGACAUAUUUGGCCUUGGACAUGGGCAAAUGUAACUUGUUUGUCACUGGCUAUAUAGCCUGGAAUUGCUAGGUUUCAUUAAGGCACUUUUUUCUGGGUGAUAUAGGCAGUGCUGUGUGCCAACCUGUUCAUUCCAGUGUUGUCCCCUUAAAUUUUUUCAGACCGUAUUCGUAGCAAUCCAACCCCCCCCCCCAAUUGCAGUGGCAGUCUGUGGUGCGUGCAUGCCAGUAAACACCCUUGAGGCAUUUCAGAAUUGCCAUGUGCUUUUAAUUGGAAAAAUGCUCCUUGCAGCUUCAGAGAAGGAACUAGUCAUUAACCUCCCCACCUCCCGCACCUGGGGAACAGGGAUUAACCAAUUAACUAAUGAUGCAGCCUGCUAAACAGGAACCAUUUCAGAGGUAGAAGCUGCUGAAGGAGGCUUCUGAUUAAUGUUUCUAUUUCACCUUUGCUGAUUGCUAGACCAUUCUGCACUAUAGGACCCUCGUACCUACGGGACUGCCUCUCCUGGUAAGCCCCACGGAGGACCUUAAGGUCCAUAUAUAGCAACACCCUAGAGGUCCCAGGCCCUAAGGAAGUUAGAUUAGCCUCAACCAGAGCCAGGGCCUUCUCAACACUGGCUCCGGCCUGGUGGAAUGCUCUGUCUCAUGAGACCAGGGCCCUGCGGGAUCUGAUUUCUUUCCGCAGGGCCUGUAAGACAGAGUUGUUCCACCUGGCCUUUGGCUUAGAAUCAGUUUGAUUCCCUCCCCCUCUUUCUUUUUCCUUUCUCCUCCUGUGAAGAGGCUGCAUCCUAAUGUUUUAAUGUUGUAUCUUAAUCUUUUAAAUUGUAUUUUAAUCAACUUGUUUUUAUUAUUGGUUGUUAGCCGCCCUGAGCCCGGUCUUGGCUGGGGAGGGUGGGGUAUAAAUAAAAAAAAAUUAUUAUUAUUAUUAUUAUUAUUAUUAUUAUUUAUUAUUAUGCAAGUGUGUGUUGUCUAGUGUUGCAGUUGUAGGGUCUCUCACUCUUCAGAGUUGAAGCAGUUGUUCCUUGCUGCCUUCAGGAGCAGGGCUGCACUCCUCUCUCUGCCUUCUUUCAGACCAGAGAAGCCCUGCUCAACUGUGGGAGUGGGUUGGGGAAAAUAUAACCCACCUCCACCACACUCUGGUACAGCUUACCAUAUUAUAUGCUCCCAAAAGAGGUGUGCUCUGGCUCCUUUUCCUGACUGUCUCUGAGGCUUAUAAACCAUUAGUGGGAGCCUCGAGCCUUGAUGCCCACCUUUACCUGCAGCCCAGCCUGACUCAUUACUGGUGGGGCUACUUGUGAGUAAGACCCAAGCAGCUUUCCCUUUAAUAUGCUUCAAUCUGAUUAGAGAAAAGCAGUGCCUCUGCAGUGCCGAAGGACUCGAGUGGGAAAGGGGCCCCUGGUCAACUUUGUCCACCCGGCAGAUUCAAAAGCCUCAGAGGGAAACUUCUCCAACCCCAUUGUCAUUUUUCCCUUUUCUGUACGUUCUGUAACCCUUCACUAUCUUGUUUGAGAUGGAAUGACUGAAACAGCAUUGCCCCAUCACCAUCAGAGUACCAGGUCCCAGAAACUGACGAUAAUCUGCUCUUUGUAAGGCUUACAAAAUUUAGAAAGAAACAGUGAUCUUGAACUGUCCUAAUUCACCUUCCUUCCAGGGAGACAGUGAGAGCCCCAGCUCCACAGAAGACACCUUUUCAGAACACAUGGAGCUCAAGACCUCUGAAGAAGAAGCACCUCCUAAUCCCAAAAUCAGGGCGCUUGAGUUUGUAUCUGGUGGAGAUUCUGCUGAGCCCCCAAGCCACCCCCCAGUGGCAGAGCAGCAGCCUGCAGCUCCCUCAGCUGUGGAGGUGGCCACGGCAGUAGAGGACAUAAAGUAUUUCAUGAAGAAGUUUGACGUGAACCUGACAACUGUGACACAAGCUUUUUUGAAAAACAGUGGGGAAGUGGCAGCUGUGGAAUGUUGCCUGCAGACGGGGCAGUCCUUGGGUGGCUGCCCUCUUUGGAGCAGGCAGGAUGAUGUGGACUUGCUGAAGGGGGAUGAAGACCUCAGAAGCAAGCUAGUGGCAAAAUAUGGAGCGGAGAAUGUGAACAGGCGCGUGGCAUUCAGGAAAAGUUAGGUUGCAACAGCCAUGGUUUACUGUAGGAGGGCAGCAAACAGCCCUCUGCUUUCUCACACACAUUUCUUCAGAGGGAGUUUUCUGAGUGUCAGGCUAGAGGGAAAGUCUCUGGAGGCCAGCAACCUGUGGUUACUGUCUUCUGUGACUGAAAGCACAGCAAGCUGUUGUGAUGGAGAUACCGUUCUUUGAGAAUUUCCUACUCCUCAUUUCCAUUUGUACACAAAGCCUUUAUUUACUUCACAGGAGAUUUAUGUGGACCUGGCACAAUCAGCCUCUUUAUUCUCCCUUCGCCAGCUUGCCUUAAGUUGGAACUUAGGUGUGGCAGUGGCUGAUUCUGAGGUACUUGGCAACAGACAGCCACACAUUUUUGGCUCAACUUUAACCAACCCCCUAAAGUUGGAGCAUUGCUUGGGUCUUCCUGUGGGGUCGUCCCACCCCGCAUCCCUCUCUCCAGAAGUGCUCCCACCCAGUCAAGAAUACUCAGUAGCACUGAUGCACUUAGUCACUGGAAUGAUUUCUGGAGCCAGAACACCCCCACUUAGAUAGAUACGCAUACACCCCACCCCCAUCAUUUAGGCUAACAAGUGCUGGGGGGGGGGGCACCUACAUGUCCUGUAGCAAAUGCAAAGUAUUGCUCAUCAUCUUGGCUAUUCACACACCAGCCUGGGAUUCCUUGUAGAAGAACAUUUCAUCAUCAUCAUUUAAUUUGUAUGCCGCCUUUCAUACAACAUGAACAUGAAAAGAUAUACAUAAUAAAAACAUAACAAAACUAGUCAUAAACAAUAAAUAAAACACAUCCAUAAUUGGACAAUUUCCACACAAAUCAUUGUAAGAUACAAAAAUUGAAAAUCAAUAACAGCAGCAAAAACAAAAACCCACCUAAAACUCCACCUAACUUUUAAGGGUAGUUUAUCUGGUUAAAAUAAGGUAGCCGAUGACACAGAGGCUGCAGACUUAAUUUUUUUAAAAUAGAUGUAGAGAAGGGCAAACAACUUGUAUGAUGGUAUUGGAGUAUGUGAUAAAUUUCUGCCACAUCAUGGCAAAUGCACCUUGGAUAGAGGUACAGUAAAUAUAGGUAUGUAUUCAGGUCUCUGUGUGUGGCACUGGCUUCCUUGAGUUGGUAAGGAAAGAGAAAUAAUAGCUGAACAGCCAGGUAUGGAACAAAUGAGUGAACAGAAUCUGUCUGUGCUCCCUUCCUCAUUAAAUGCCACAGCCUCUGAAUGUUCGGUCCAAAUCAUGCCGCAAAAAAGUGUUAUAGGUGCCAACAGUAACAUCUCUUUGACAGGUUUUUCAAGAGUUUUGUGAAAUACAAACAUCCAGGAGCUCUAAAAGAUCAAUGCAGCCAGAUUAAGGAGGUUUACACAGCUGACUAGAGCCACACUGGCCACUGCCAAAGUAUAUACGUUUUCACAUGCUCUUAAACUUGAUCACUCAUCCAUGAACUGGCUCUUAAGGCAUUAUCAAAGGCUCCUACUAUGAAUAGAUGUGGCACUCACCAGCCCCAAAAGGUUAUGCUAUGAAAUGAAUACAUUCUAUCUGACCACCACUUUUGGCCAUCCCUGCCCCUGUAUGAUGGUGAUGUUGUGAAAUCUUCAUGAACAUUCUAACUUCUCAAAGAAAAUGUGGGAGCAACCAGGGUGUUGACGUUCAGUGUUGUGUCUAUGAGGCAGGUGGAAAACUGCUGUAAAUGGUAGAAAACAUCAGCAGAGAUGGAAGGAGAUGGCAGGAAACCAUGACAAAAAUGGUCUUUAAUGGUAGUGGAAAACAGAAAAAGGGAGCACUGUUAGGAUUGAUGCAAGUCUCCACUGCAAAAUUAAUUUGGACUGUAAAAAUCUUAUAUAAAUAAGAGCACAUGUGGAUCGUCAUAAACCCUAAAAGGAAAUGGCUAAUUUGGUCAUCUUGUAUCCAGCCAUACCUCGCUGAAGCAAGUAGAAGAGCAACCACAUUGAUUGGAACCAGGCUUGAUGUGAACUUUGUUAUUGAAACAGAUCAGAUGUGUGAACUUCAUUAGAGGGCUUUUCACACAGAAGCUAACCAUGAAUUCUUCAAGACUAAAUUACACUUCAACUCCUUUGCAGAGGUCUCAGGAUUAGUGGUGUAGGAAGUGGGUGGCAGUGGGGGCAGGUCGCCCUUUGUGCCAUCAUGAGGGGGGGUGACAGAAUGCUCAACGCGCCUGCUCCCGGCCCCCGAAAGAAAGUGACUUCGGGCAAACAACGCUGCCACGCUCCUUCUGCCACCACUGCUGGUUGCUCUGGUGGCAAAGAAGAAGUAGAGCGUGGUGGGGGUGAAGGCUGAGGGUGGGGAGAGGUCAGUGCAAGCCCGAAUCUCCAGGACACCAGCCCCCCUCCUCAGGGAGGCCGCAUGAUGGCCUGGCUGCACAUGCGUUGCCUUGAACUGGGAACGCGCCUCCAGUUUGGGCUCAGGCAGAGGCAGGAGCAACGUGUGCAGGAGCACGCUGUUCUAUUUCCCACACCCCUCCCCCUGCCUGCCUUCUCCUUUCCCCCACCCAGGGAGAUUCAGGGGGUGGCGGGCAGGUGGGCGUCUUCUCUCGAGCAGCUCUGUUAACUGCAAAUCUCGGGAGGAAAAACAGCCCAGAAAAUGGACUUGUUCUCCUCUCACGUGCACUAAAGCCAACUUCCUUACAUUUGUUGCUGGUGUUUAUGCAGCGACAUGCAUACCCUACAACAUUUCUCCCAAGAAAAUAGGGAUGUCCUAUUACAUUACUACUACUACUACUGCUACUAAUACUAAUACUACUCUGGUUGGCUUCCAAUAUGUAUAAAAAACCAUAAUGAAACAUUUAACAUUAAAAAUCUUCCCUAUACUAGGCUGCCUUCAGAUGUUUUCUAAAGGUAUGGUUACUUAUCUCCUUGGCUCGGGGCUCCCAUGACUUUCCAUGGCUUUUCUCCACUGAAAAUAGGGACGUUAUAUGGAAAAGCGGGGCAUUCCAGGAUCAAAUCAGAAAAUGGGGUGGCUUCUGUAAAUCUGGGACUGUCACUGGAAAAUAGUGACACUCGAAGGGUCUGCAUCAUGGGCACCAUGCAUUGUUUAUGGGCAUCAAGCAUUAUAGAGUAACAAGAUAAUUUUGCCCUGCCAUAAUGCGUUUGCUGUCUAUAUAGUAGUUUGAAGUAAGGGAGGCAACAGAAAAAGUAGAGGAAGUGAGUGCAAAUGGGAGUAAGCCCCAGUAACUCUGUAAAAAUCACACCAGCAAACAUGCAUAACAUGCAUAGGGCCAGACAGGCUCCUGUUUCCUGGUCCUUCCACAAAAUCCCCAUCUCAGCAGCCUUUUCCAUUCUCAUAAUCAUAGCAUGAGGAAACAUGAGCCUCUGUACAACAUUUCCUGUAUAAGCCAUUCUUUGCUUCCUUCCAGCUGGCCACUAUUGGAACCAGUACUCUGGGCUAGCUAGACUGACGCUGGCUGAUCCAGUCAUGAGCCAGUGUGGUGUAGUGGUUAAAGUGUUGGACUAGGACCUUAUAGCUCUGCUCAGGCAUGAAACCUGCUAGGUGACUUCAGGUCAGUCUCUCAGCCUAACCUACCUCACAGGGUGGUUGUGAGGAUAAAAUGUAAUUAUUGGGUUACUAUAAUAUGUAAUUGAGGGUCAGAGCCAAAAGGGGCACACUCCCAGUAUCUAGUUCCCAGUGUAGAUAAUCCACCAGGGGGACUGAAGCCAUUUCUAGUUCCAGCCAAGCUGUGGAUUUAAAAUCAAUUAUGAGCCACCUAGUAGAUUUUUCAGAUCAAAAAACAGACUAUGAAUAUACAAAAUAAAAUAUUUAAACAAUGUUUCAGACAUUGACAUGCAUAGAUUCCAGGUGUAUAUAUCUUGUAACUUAAGUCUGCCUUCUAGGUUCCUUCUGUGAACAGAAUGUGAGUAAACUAUUUUAUAUACUUU